GGUAAUAUUGUCAGUUUGUUGUUCCUUAUUAUUUAAAUUCCUUGAUUUCGGCUCUGAAAGUGGGCGAUGUGUUUUCUGGUAUUUGUAAGUGACCCGAUUGGUUUUUGUGCGAUGGAUUUGUGCUAGUUGACCGUUGAUUGCGCUCUUUUAAUCUGUUAAAGCUGGUGUGAGUUUUCAACUUCUGUUGAAAUGUUGGCUAGCUAAUGGCCUAUGCUAAUCGUUAGAAGACUGCAUUUGAAAUGCGCUGCUCGAGCCGUAGAUUCAGUUAUUGAUUAUUGAGUGUUGUGCAUCGAUGCAGAGAUUUUGUGAUUUUUGGAAUUUCUAGGAAUUAAGACUGAUUUUUGUAGCACAAAAUGUUGAGGGGAUGUUGGGGAGUGAAAAUGCGGUGCAUUUGGAAACAUGAGUCUGAAGUCUUUUAGGAUGAACUCUGUUCAAAUUGUUUCACGGUGAUUCGUAAUGAAGUUUUAUUCACUAUUUGUUAUUGUUGUUAGGUUAGAUAUGCUGUUUUAUACUUGAAUCGUCUGGUUAAAAUUCUCAUCGUACCCUCAUGAGUAAAUAAGGUUCCCUAAUUAGAUUCAAAUAAUACCCUGCUGAUGCAUACAAUGAUCUGUUUUGCCAUUUUGGAGCUCUUGAAUUUUGAACUUGUCCAUGUUUAGUUUCCCUUUUCUUCUGCUUAGCCAGCAUUCUGGAUCACCAUGUCCCACAUUUUAGUAAUUUUUUUUUGAUAAAUUAUAUAAGUAAAUAAAGAAAUUCAAAGACCGCGCGACGGAGGACUUGAACCCAAGACCUUAGGUCUUGAGCAUUAACCUCCUACCACUAGGCCAACACACACACACACAUUUUAGUAAAAUUUAUUGUUUCAGUAUGCAGCUGCUUUACUUAAAUAUGCUGAAACUGAUAUGCAUGUCUUAUGCUAUUUGUUGUUGAUCCUUAAGAAUCCAGAUUUCUUCUGUAACAAUUUUGACUAGCUUGAAGUGAAAUUGCUAAAGAAUUGAAUCACCAUACUAUUUGAAUUUCGUAACAAAAAACAUAUCAUACUUCCAUAAGGCCAAUAUUUAAAACUUUGUGCUCAAGGAAACCUCUGGAAUUUUAAAAACACGUUAUAUUGAGUCGCUUUGGGUUGGUGUUCACUGAAGUUCUUAUGAUUGAAUUAAUUUCAUUGACAGAGUAUUCUUUGUGGCAGUACUUUUUAAUGUCACUGGAUGAUAGCGUUAGAUCAGCUGCAGUCUGCAGAUUUAGGAUUAUCUAUAUUAUAUUAGUUUUUGUUAGUUCAUAGUUAUCUUUUAUUUUUUCGCAGUAGUUCAAUUAUUUAGGGUUAAGUUUUUAGGUCAAGACUCAUGGGCUCCAAGUUAAUUAAUUGGGCCUCAAGUCAUUUGGUCUAUAUAUAGUUCUUUACAAUUUAGGAUUAAUUAUCUUGGGGAUCAUUGUUUAGGGACAGCAAUAGCUGUAGGGCAGAGAUAUUUUUCUCUGAGGGCCUCGCAGGAGGAGUUUUAUAUAUUGUAUUUUUAUUUUCUUUCUUAUUUCUUCAUCUUCAUACGCCUUUACUCUAUCAAAUUGGUCCGACCUGCCGGAUCGAAAGAUGACGAUGACGAGAGACCAACAACGCAUGGAGCAGAUAGAGAAGGCAUUGGAGGAACUUCGCGCUGCCCAGUCUGCAGCGGCGGCGAAGCAAGCAGCGUCAGAUUCUAAACUUGACGCCAUUCUCGCCCAGUUGAAAUCCUUUGAUCACUUUGAUCGGGGCCCCGAUCCCUCGCUGUCGGAGUCAGAAAGUUCCCCCACUCCGAUGUUGCAGAAGAUGGAGAUGCCCAGUUUUGACGGAUCUGAUGCUCGUGCAUGGCUUGCACGUGCAGAGCAGUAUUUCUUGGUGCACCAGACACCUGCGGCGAAGAAGGUGGAGUUCGCCGUGAUAGCCUUGUCAGGGUCAUCGAUGUCUUGGUAUCAAUUGCUGAUCAGGAGAAUACCUAAUCCCGAUUGGGUAACUUUUCGUCAGGAGUUGCUGAUUCGAUAUGGCGAUGAGUCCGCAAUUAACGGCUAUGAAGCCUUGCUUGCAGUCAAGCAAACAGGUUCUCUCGAGGAAUAUAUCGCCGCUUUUGAGAAUAGGGUUUCACAAAUUCCUGAUUUCUCGGAUGCGCAUUACUUGGGAUUUUUCUUGGGUGGGUUGAAGAAGCAUCUGCGAGCCCAGAUUCAAGAUAGUGUAAUUUUCAGCUAUUCAGCCGCUUUACAGGCUGCUCGAAAGAUAGACCAUGCAACAUCGCCAGCCCCACCAGCGACGAACACAUCGUCGGUUGUCUCCCACACGUCGUCCGCUUCCCCGGCUGCCUCCCUCACUUCAUCUGCCCCUCCCCGCAAUUUUCGCAACAUCUCCAAUGAGGAGUACAUGAAACACCGUGCAGCUGGCACUUGUUUUCGUUGCGGCCUGAAAUAUGGGCCAUUGCAUCGCUGCCCACCUAAAACACUACAGGUUUUAAUCGGUGACAUGGAAGAUGACCCGGGCAGGGACCUAGAGAAUUAUGAGGAUACCGAGCUGAAGGAGGAAGUCCCAUGGGACCAUAUGAAUCAGCAACCGCCUUGAGGACAAGGCUGUUUCGACAAGUGGGCAAUUGAUAGCGUUAGAUCAGCUGCAGUCUGCAGAUUUAGGAUUAUCUAUAUUAUAUUAGUUUUUGUUAGUUCAUAGUUAUCUUUUAUUUUUUCGCAGUAGUUCAAUUAUUUAGGGUUAAGUUUUUAGGUCAAGACUCAUGGGCUCCAAGUUAAUUAAUUGGGCCUCAAGUCAUUUGGUCUAUAUAUAGUUCUUUACAAUUUAGGGUUAAUUAUCUUGGGGAUCAUUGUUUAGGGACAGCAAUAGCUGUAGGGCAGAGAUAUUUUUCUCUGAGGGCCUCGCAGGAGGAGUUUUAUAUAUUGUAUUUUUAUUUUCUUUCUUA